AUGGCUCCAAAGAUUGCUAUCGUCAUCUACUCCAUGUACGGGCAUAUUGCCCAACUUGCCGAGGAGGUUAAGAAGGGUGUCGAGGAAGCCGGUGGCUCCACCGAAAUCCUUCAAUUGGAAGAAACUCUCCCACAGGAAGUCCUCACAAAGAUGUAUGCUCCACCCAAGCCAUCUUACCGUGUCGUCUCCGACCCCAAGGAUCUCCUCGAAUAUGAUGCUUUCAUUUUCGGUAUCCCCACUCGUUAUGGUAACUUCCCCGCCCAAUGGAAGUCCUUCAUCGACAAGACUGGCGGUAUCUGGCAGACUGGAGGCUACUACGGCAAAUACGUCGGUCUCUUCAUUUCUACCGGAACCCUUGGUGGUGGGCAAGAAUCCACUGCCAUUGCUGCCAUGAGCACCCUCGCCCACCACGGCAUGAUCUAUGUUCCAUUGGGAUACGCCAAGGCCUUCCCUCAGAUGACUGAUUUGUCUGAGAUUCACGGUGGUUCCCCAUGGGGAAGCGGUACCUUCGCUGGUGCCGACGGAUCCCGUCAACCAUCCGAAAAAGAGAAGGAACUCGCCAGAAUCCAGGGCAAGGGCUUCUUCGAAACCGUCAGCAAGGUCAACUUCUGA